AUGGCCUCACAACAAGCUGGCUCAGCGGAUGCUGCAGACGACAUCAUCGAUAUCAAGCCGAUCCUCGGCCGGCUCUGGCCCCUUCCGGAAGCUGGAACGCCGCUGGCUGAAGACAUUGCCGAUGCCGUGGCCCUCUUCUUCACGAACCGUGUCUCGGACGUGCAGGCCGGCUCCCUGUUGAUGUGCCUGCACUUUACGGGGCUCGACCGUCAGGCCGACGUCAUGGCUGCUUGCGCCGAUCGCAUGCGAAAAGCCGCUGCCCGCGUCGACCCGGCGCCGCUGCUCAAGAUCGCUGCCGAGAAGUCGCUGAAGCGUGGCAAGUACAACGGCGGUCUGUGCGACAUUGUCGGCACCGGUGGUGACUCACACAACACCUUCAACGUCUCGACAGCGUCGUCCAUUGUCGCCUCGGCCUACUUGCGCAUGGCCAAGCACGGCAACCGCGCGUCGACGAGCAAGUCCGGGUCGGCCGACCUGCUGGCCAACCUCAAGCACCCGGGCGACAUUGAGAACGAGUCGACGGAUCUGGUCGCCAACCUCAACUAUAUCGAGCCCGCCACUCUGCCCUCCAUCUACGCCACCACCAACUACGCAUUCCUGUUCGCACCCGUCUUCCACCCGGGCAUGCGCUACGUCGCGCCCAUCCGCAAACAGCUGCCCUGGCGCACGCUGUUCAACCUGCUGGGCCCCCUGGCGAGCCCCGUCGACGUCCGCGACACCCCCGAGAGCGAGUCCCCGCUCGAGACCCGCAUCAUUGGCGUCGCCCGCCGCGAGCUGGGCCCCGUCUUUGCCGAGGCACUGCGCAUGACCGGCGCGCGCAAGGCCAUGGUCGUCUGCGGUGCCGAGGAGCUCGACGAGAUCUCCAUUGCCGGCCCCACGUUCUGCUGGUACCUGCACGAGGACACCACCGGCAGCGACGUCGUCAUCGACCACUUCCAGCUGACGCCUGCCGAUUUUGGCGUGGCCGCCUGCCCGCUCAGCGACGUGUCACCCGGAAAAUCGCCCGCCGAGAACGCCGCUACGAUGACGAGCAUCCUGCAGAACCAGCGCCCGGCCGACGAUCCGCUGUUGGCGUUUGUUCUCAUCAAUACGGCGGCGCUCAUGGUGGUGGCCGGCCUGGCGGAGCCUGCCGACAGCUCAGCGCUGCCCGAGGACCCUGAGGUCGUCACAGAGCGGGGCCCUGGCGGUCUGUGCUGGAAGGAGGGUGUGCGGCUGGCACGGUUGGCCGUCAGCAGUGGCGAGGCACGGCGGCAGUGGAAGCUGUUCGUGGAGGCAACAAACCAGAUCAAGCCCUCGUCGUCAGUAUAG